UGACGGUCGCUGCUUUCACUCUUUCUGCACACUCGGUGAAUGACUCUCUCAUCACUUGUUUACCAUCAAGUGGGCACCAUCCUCGUUAGCGGUGCUGAUGUGCCGAGUCAUACCCACAGAGUAACCCGCACGGAAGGCCAUUCGUGGGCUUAUUUGCUGAUAAGAGAGCAAUGCAUGGAUUAAAGUGUAGCUUAUCGUUGGAUGUGUGUAUUGUGUUGUGUGACGAAGUGGCUGGGUUGUGUUACCUGGGCUCUGAUGCUCUGAGGUUCACCGUAGCCACAGUCAGUUGGUCAUACACUUGCCCCACGUGUCUCAGUACACUGGCACGGCGCUACUCCUGUGCAUUUAUACACGCUCUAAGGAACACUGGCUUGUAUAUCCUUGCAGCAGCUAUUUUGCAACAUGUAUGAAGUAUAAACAAUAUGUAAACUAAACUUUUGUGUGGUCUAUUACAAAAUAAGGACUUUAAUUAAUUAAGCUUAUUGGAGACCAAGAAGAAUGAUAAAGUUGUUAAAGGUUUGUGAUGCAAGAUAAUGUUUAUUUGGCGGAUGCCGAAACGGUGUAUAUCAUCCCGUGGACACUAUGGUAGUCACAGUAAUCAGGUAUAUCCAUACCUAUGGUGGGUAGUAUUGCGGCACUGUUCUACAGUCGCCUCCAGCUCCUCUCUGGCACUAGGUGCUGCUUCUGAAGAUGGUUCUCAAGAAGAGUGGGUGCACCCUCCCACUCAUUACCUCCCAGUAUGAAGAUGUUGGAGUGAGGCUUGGGGUCGGUUCCACCACCACCACCACCACUACUACCACCACCACCACCACCAGUACUACCACCGUCCCCUUCACCACCACCCGUGGGACUACCAGGUCUCCCCAUCAUAGUGGGCAGACCUGUCCCCAACCUCACUACCCCAACCAUGAACACCAGUCACUUGUAAUACCCUCAAAUUUCUCCCACAACCAACAUUUUUCCCAAGAUAGUCACUGCCCUAUAAAUGUACAUUCCCAGUCUCUCGUCCCAGAUCGUCAUUCCCACUCCAAAUUAAGUCCCUCAAGUUUCGUGUUAAAUAGUUACUCCACCUCUAAGACUCAACCUACAAGCCGCUCCCUCGCUUCUGUCAGUAUUCCGUUAAUCUGUGUUACUGCAUCACCUGAACCUGCUUUUACACCAGUCAUUCCUAGACGUAUAUCAACACGUCGAUCCCUUAGGUACAGAAUUACUGGACCCUCUAUUAAGGUACCUCAACUACCCAGAGUGAGAGAGAACGUCCGCAAACUCACUCCCGAACUCCGCUUUCUUUUAAAGGAGUCACUACAGCGACUCCAACAUCAGAAAGCACAGUCGGAGCUGAGGAAGGAGCUUGUACCUCGAGUACAAGUUGAUGAUGGCCCCAAAGCUGUGCUAGAACGAUCCGUAGAAGCACCGGAAACGCCAGAACUCGAAAGAGACGUAGGCACCUGCAGCAAAAAUCACAGGUCUCCGUCACUGAAGACACGAACUAACAGUGUCAGCAGCGAUUAUUUCAGCGAUUCCGCGGAAAGUCCAUUCCCAGCUCUUAUACGAGACGAAGAAUUUGUGCUGAAUUUCGAUCUCGUUGACGAGGAAUCACAGAGUUCAUGGACGGAAAGUAGAACAACCUCGAGAAACACCCUCCAUGGCGAGACGACAUCGGUGUCACCUUUAUUAGAGUAUCCCAAGGAAGGUGACGGCCCACACGUGCGAAUAGUAGAAAAUGGUGAAAAUCGUUUUCUUCAACAGAGCGACGGGGAGAGUAAUAGUUACCUGUUAACAACGUCUGAUAGAGAAAAUUGUACUUCUGCAGAGAAACUGGAUGGGGGACUAAAAUCAAACCCCACAUCCAAUAAUAGUGCCAAAAGAGACUUCCUUAAACUAGUACCUGAGACUAGAUUACUUGCUGUGAAGUCUUUUCUUGGAUCUACUCUUUCUCCUCAGCACACUUCUCUACCUGUUUAUCCGAUUCACAACUCAAACUCCCUCUCGCCUAACUUUUCAAACUGGAACCUAGUACCCCCUUGUCCCAGACCUUCAUCCAGUGCCAAAGCUUGUCGCGGGCCAAACCCAGCGACACUAUGGCAUUCUUCAUAUAAUUUCCAGAAAAAACCUUCAAGCAAACCACUAGUUGACGACACAAGCAUCACUAUAAUGAACAACGAUAAAGGCAGUUGUGUAGGCGGGCUGGGUCCGUUGAGCUUCUCGUUGUCUUCGCUGUCGGGGUCGUCUAGCCCAGCGCUAGAUUGUCUGAGCCUCGCGACGACCUCCGCAGAGCUCCAUACCAACUCGCUCAACAGGCGCAAGUCAAAACGGAGCAAUGAUCGUGAGGAAGCCCGAAGAUCAUGGGGCCCUGCAGACAAGGAAGAGGGCAACAGGGACUUCUGGGCCUCUAUCCAGGAACCCUAUGAUUAUAUCAUGGGUAGCAACCUCAUCCCGGACUCAUGCCAGGUUGGUGAAACAAAUGAAGCUCCAUCAUCAGGAGAGUUCGAAUUGUGCUGGGACAGUGGAGAUGUGUCACCACCUUACGUUUGGAGUUUUUCAGAAUUUCUUGAUCAAUAUAAUGAGCUGUAUGAAUGGCUUAUACAAGUUCAACUCAAGUUGUAUUCACAUUCAAACCCACCAGACAAAGCAGCAAGGAUGGCCCAGCAGGAGGAGUUACGCCGUCGUACUUAUCGUCGGAAAUUAUUCGUUGAACAAGGAGAACGUGUAGCCCAGAGAUAUCCUGGUUCAGCAGAAGAAAUUAGCUGGAGAGUAAACUAUCUGAACAACAAAUGGGACCAAUUGGAGAGUUCCUUCACUCCUGCUAAGGGUCGUAAUCAGGAAGUUGAGGUUGAAUUAGACCUGGCUCACGAGGAAGGCAUCCUGCGACGAUGGUUGAGUGAUAUGGAAGAUCAGAUCCAGCCUUUAACCUGUCGUCUUCCUCAUGGAUGUUCCCUCCUUACUCUUCAAGACCGCUACAAGGAUAAUCAGGUGAGUACCCAGUUUAGAUUUUGCAAAAAGCUUUUAUUACCUAAGUAAUUUUUUUAUUUAAUA